CUCCGUUGUCGUUGAGAAGCCGCCCGUGCCCCGCCGGCGCGGCAGCGCUGCGCUCCCGGCCGCAGCAGCAUUCCUAGCAUGGACCAGCAGCCCGCUGUGCCAGAAUGACAGAGCAGGUCCCUGAGGCACAGAGCGUCCAGUCCCAGCAGAAGACACGAGGGAGGAGGUCAGGACGAGCGGAACGCCGGGGCUGGUCAGAGGGCGCCCUGUGAAAGUUCCAGGUAAAUGGGAGAUUUGGAGACUAGCUUAAUCCAUACACGAAAAACAUGUAGAAUAGAGCAAAUGGUAGCAAAAUGGCUUCAUCGCUCUCGGGACAGCACGCCCAGGGGCAGCGUGGCAGUGAUGGACGGUGCUGGGGACAGCGCAGGCCAGCCCCCCAGCCGGGCCAAGGUGACAGUCACGGUGUACAAGGACCUGGUGCUGCAGCACUACGGCUUUGAGAUCUGCCCCGGGCUGCCGCUGACCAUCGCCUCUGUCACUGCAGGGAGCACGGCCGACGGCAAGCUGCAGCCGGGGGACCAGCUCCUCAUGAUCAACUCCAGCGCGGUGGAAGGCCUGUCCGUGGAGCGGGCAGCCAGCCUCAUCAGGGACGCCGGCGACGAGCUGCUGCUGACCGUCCUGCGCUGCACGGCCGGCGGCCCCAAGUCAUCGUUCCUCACCGAGGAGAAGAGGGCGAGGCUGAAAACCAACCCCGUCAAAGUGCGCUUUGCGGAGGAGGUGCUGCUGAACGGACACUCGCAGGGGAGCUCCCUCCUGUUCAUGCCCAACGUGCUCAAGGUGUACCUGGAGAACGGACAGACCAAGGCAUUCAGGUUUGAGAGGAGCACCACUGUGAAGGACAUCGUGCUGACCCUGCAGGAGAAGCUGUCCAUCCGCAGCAUCGCCCACUUCGCCCUGGUGCUGGAGGAGCAGUACAACCUGGCCAAGAUCCACCUGCUGCACGAGGAGGAGCUCAUUGCACAGGUGGUGCAGAAAAGAGACUCUCAUGACUACCGCUGCCUCUUCAGGGUGUGCUUUGUCCCCAGGGACCCCUUGGACCUGCUGCAGGAAGACCCAGUGGCCUUUGAAUAUCUGUACCUGCAGAGCUGCAGCGACGUGCUCCAGGAGAGGUUUGCAGUGGAGAUGAAGUGCAGCGUGGCCCUGCGCCUGGCUGCCCUGCACAUCCAGGAGAGGAUCUCUGCCUGUGCCCAGCCGCAGAAGGUGUCCCUGAAAUACAUCGAGAGGGACUGGGGAAUCGAGAACUUCAUCUCCCCCACCUUGCUGCGGAACAUGAGAGGGAAGGACAUCAAGAAAGCCAUCAACUACCACCUGAAGAGGAACCAGGUGCUGCUGGACCCUCGGCAGAAGCACACGCUCAGCGCGGCCCAGGUGCGCCUGAGCUACCUGCAGAUCCUGGGGGAGCUGAAGAUGUACAGUGGGAUGAUCUUCAAUGCCACCAUGAUGCUGCAGGACAGGGAGUCGUACGUGGCGCUGCUGGUGGGCGCCAAGCACGGCGUGAGCCAGAUCGUCAACAGCAAGCUCAACAUCGCCACCAGCCUGGCCGAGUUCCCCAGCAUCAGCAGGGUGGAGCUCAGCGAGGACUCGGAGCGAGUGAGCACUGUCAAGAUCUACCUGCAGGACCUGAAGGUUCUUACUCUGCUGCUGGAGUCGAACAGUGCAAAGGACCUCGUCUGCCUCAUCGCUGGCUACUACAGACUCCUGGUGGAUGCAAGCGCCUCCAUAUUUACCUGGGGAGAGAAAAACCAGCAGCUGCACCGUGUCUCAGCUGAGGAAGGGUACGAAUCCCGAGCCUGCAGCGACUCCGAGGAUUCCUGGGAGCUGGAUUCCUCCUCGGAGCGGCGCACGGACAGCCCCGCGGCGGGCGGCGGCGCGGAGGGGCCGGGAGAGCGCCGCGGCCCCGGGGCGAGGGGCGACCCGCGGGACACCGGCGGUGACAACGCCACCGACAGCCCCUCCGAGGCGUCCGACUCGGCCAACGCCGAGAGCCGGGGCUUCAAGACGAGCGGCUCCAGCGACUCGGUGGAUGCGCUGGAGGAAGAUGAGCUGGAGGCGCGCUCUUCCUCCCGGCCGGAGCUGCUGCCCUUGUACGCGCCGACCGCGCAGCAGACGAGCAGCUCGGACGGCGGCUUCGUGCCGGGGGGCGCCGCGGGCAGCCCCGCCGGCCCCGGGGGCUAUUUCUCCUUCCGGCAGGCGCCGCCGGGGCCCGGGGGCAGCCCCGCGGGGCAGGGCGAGCGGCCGGCCGCCCUGCAGGCCCGGCUGUCCGAGCGGGACACGGCGGGCUCCCGCAGCCCCUGCUCCGGCGCUGCCCCCGCGGGCAGCCCGGGGACAGCGCAGCACAGCCAGCUCGUCCUGCGGCCGCCGCCGGGCUUCGCGGACUCCAGCUCCGAGGAGGAGUUCUACGAUGCUGCGGACAGGCUCAGCCCUCCGGAUGCGCUGGCAGGCUGUGAUCCAGCGUCCUGGGAGGGCACAGAGAGCUCCUCCUGCAUCCCAAAGAGGCUGAGGUGCUACAGCUUGGGGGAGAACCCCUCGAGGAGGGAGAAGCAGGGCCAGGAGAGGGAGCUGACCUGCAGCAGGAGCCUGAGGAAGAGAAGGUCCUUCCUGAAAACUGAUUACACCUCUCAGGUCAGUUUCCCUGCGGCCGUCCCAGGCUCUCCACAGCGCUGCUGCUCCUGGCCGCCCACUCAGCCCUCGGCAGAGGACGCAGGGAAGGACGUGGAGAGGGGGAUUCCUGCGGCCCCCCAGGCCCAGAGGGACACUGCUGGCACAGAGCCCUGCUCUGCUCCGAUGGACACGGAGCCUGACAGCACGGAGACAAAGUCGGUGAUGGAAUGGCUGGUCUCCUCCCUUUUGGACGUUCACCAUCCCGGUGGCCAGCGUGGGGAGGAGGGCAGCAGCCUCCAGCCACAGCACCCCCCUCUGCUGUCCCUGGAGCCCCUGCCCCGAGGAGCUGCCCAGGAGAGCUGCCCGGGGGCGGCAGAUCCCGGCUGUCUGAGCGAGGAGAGCCGUGCUGCGGGCUGGCAGAGCCCGGGGCCGCAGGACCAGCGGGGUGAGGCGGUGGCCGCCCAGCGCAAGGCCAGCCUUGUGCCCUCUGCUGUUGAGUGCCGCUCUGACGAGCUCCUGCGGCUGCCACCGGCUCCUGGCCCCGGCACGGCCCCUCCCCGGGAGCCGGCCCAGGAGCGGGGGCUGCUCCCCGCCAGGGUGGAGCCUUCCCUGGCUCCCUGGCAGGAGAGCAAAGCCGAUGGGCAGAGCAGUGUCACUGGCAAGGGCUGUGCCGAUGGCCAGGGCAGUGCUGAUGGUCAGUGCUGUGCCCGUGGUCAGUGCCAUGAUGAUGGCCAGGGCCGUGCCCAUGGUCAGGGCAGUGCCAAUGGUCAGUGCUGUGCAGAUGGGCAGGGCCAUGCUGAUGGUCAGUGCUGUACUGAUGGUCAGCUCCAUGCCCAGGGUCAGGGCAGUGCUGAUGGUCAGUGCUGUGCCCAUGAUGAUGGCCAGUGCUGUGCCCGUGGUCAGGGCAGUGCCAAUGGUCAGUGCUGUGCAGAUGGGCAGGGCCAUGCUGAUGGUCAGUGCUGUACUGAUGGUCAGCUCCAUGCCCAGGGUCGUGCCCAUGGUCAGCUCCAUGCUGACAGCCAGGGCUGUGCCAGCAGCAGCUGCGAGGGGGCCGUGUCCCGGGCCAGGGGCUGGCAGGGGGUGAGUGGACAGCCCCUGCUGAGGGUGCACGAGGGGCACAUGGGGCUCGCAGACACAGCCCAGCUCCUGGCAGGCUGCAGCAGUGCCUCGGGGGCUCUCACCCGCCUCUCCUGGCUCUCCCUGGGGGUGAGGACAGCCCCUGUGUCACACAGCCCCGUGUCACACAGCCUGCAGGACAUGCUGGAUGACCCCCUUGAGCCCUUGGCCUGUCUGAUGACCAGCGGGUGCAGGGUGGCCGGUGCUGGGGGCAGGCAGGUGCUGCCAUUCCCUGCAGGAGCAGGCUGUGCCAAGGAGCUGGUGAGCAGCUCAGGGCUGGCUGCAGGGCAGCCGCGGGGCGCAGAAAGUGUGGCUCAGCAGCAGCCGCAGCCUGCACAGGCUUCCCUUCCCCGAGGGCAGGCGGCAGGGCUGGGGAAGGACUCCUGCCUGCCUCUAUCUGCUGGGCUUUCCAUCUCCUCGGUCCCAGUUCCCUUGGGGAAAGGAGCAGGAGACCACGGGGCUGUAAAACACUCGUUGCUCUGCUUUAACCCCGAGGAGGCUGAGCAGACCCCUCCGCCCCCCAUCCCCGCCCGGCCCUCCCCAGCUCCACGUGGGCUGGACGGCUGCGGCUGCCGCCUGCCCUACAUCAGCUGCUUCCCCCAGCCCCACAAGCAGGGGGAGUGUGAAACCAGCCCCCCCCAGCUUCCAGGGCCCCUCACCUCCCCACCCUCCAGCAGCUGCAGCCUUCCCAGGACCCCUGGCAGUGGUUUCCCCGUUGCUGGGGACGCGGCAGGGCAGGACCCCCACAUCCGAGCGCUCGGGCAGCUGAAGGAGCAGGCCUGGAGGAGCCCUGCCGAUCUCUCCCACUUCCUGGCCUACACUGUGGAGCUGCAGGAGGUUGUAGGGAAGCUCUGUGGGAACCAGGCAACCCACCUGCACCACCAGUGUGCAGAGCAGGGUGCGGAGAGCAAGGGUGCCCUGGGCUGGGCUUCCCAGGACCUGCUGUCCAGCUGCCAGGCGCUGCUGAGCACGGAGCAGCCUCUCCCAGAGGUGCAGUGUGCUCUGAGAGCCACCUUCGACCGCCUGGUGCAGCUGGCAGUGACCUGCUUCCAGGUGACACACUGCCGGCGCUGCAGGCAGCGGCAGCAGGAGCUGGGAGCUGCGCUGGGCGAUGUGGUGGGCACCUACCAGCAGCUGGUGCAGGCCCUGCAGCAGCAGCUCCACGGGCAGGUGUGCCCUGAGCUGGGCACCAAGCUCCUCGCCCGCCAGCACACGGCCCUGGCAGCUGCCAUCUUCUGUCUCCUGCAGCAGUUCAGGGCGUCCCCGAGGCUGUGAUGGGCAGGGCGGGGGCACGCCAGGGCACUGAGGGGCACAGAGCCCAGCUGUGUGCCCGCUGUCCACCUCAGACUGUCCCCCAGGCGAUGUGUAGCCACGGCAGGACGUGCCCACACCGCGGCAGGGCUCCCCGAGGGCAGCCGUGCCCCAGGUGCUCUUGGAGCACUCCAGUGUGUGUGUCCUGCACAGGGCUCGUCCCCCGGCUCCCACGGGCUGUGCAGGUGGUCAGUCUCACGGUGCUCUCUCGGCUGCCUUUGCCACCCGUGGGGAAGGCUGCGAGCCCUUCAGCCUGCCUUUCACUCACGCUGCUCUCCAGGCAGGCUCUGGACUGAAGGGACACCAAACCCCACCCUGGCCGAACGGGAAGGACCCCGGGUGGCUUUCUCCACCUUGGUGGCCGAGGGAACGCAGUGAUCCCAGGUCCAGCUGCUUUUCCUCAGCCGGAGAGGGCCGUGCAAGCUGUGCUGCUGCUGCUCCGCUGCCCCCGGGAGAGCGGCACCGGCUCCGCCCGGAGCGCUCCCGGCCGCGUCUGCCCGAGGCAGGGCGAGCCCGAGCCCGGAACGCCGCGGGCAGAGCCGUGCAGGGACCGGCGGGGGCUCCCCGGCCGGGAGCAGCCCGGUGCCCCUGCAGCAGGUGCGGCUCAGCCUGGCCAGGUGAGGGCGGCUCGGCUGAGCCUCCCCGCCAGGCACCGUGCCGGGCCCUGGGAGGGAGGGCAGAGCCGGUCCCUCCUGCCGAGGCCCCGGCUGGGGAUAUUGGGGGGUGGCUGCCUCUCCCCUGGGAGCUGUGGGGGGCUGCACUCGGCAGCUGAGGGGCAGAGGUGGGCUUGAGUGAUGGCACCACCUCUGCCCAGGCACGGCGGGGACAGGGCUGUCCCCCGGCUCUGGGACACCGACGGGGAUCAUCUCCACAGCCAGCUUGCCAAGAGCCCCCAGGGCACAGCAGCAGCACUGGCCAGCACAGAGCCCCCGUGGCGACUUAACCUCGGGUUAACCCCUGGCUUGGGUUAAACCCCACUGCUCCUGCACACCCCUGUCACACGCACUCAGACACGAGCCCUGGGCUGUGGAAGGGGUGCUGUGAGAGAGGAACGAAAACACAUGAACAAACUUACCUCAGGUGACCUUCAGGUCCUGCUGCCACUGGCCAUGAGGCUUCAGGGCUCCUUGGCAGCCAUGGCUGAGGUAAUGUACCGGCUCAGCUGCCCCAAACACACUCCUGCUGUGGCCUGGCAUGUGACACUGCUCUGUGCAGGGCACAGCCAAGCCCAGGUACCUCCAGCAGGGACACGGGGGUCAGGGACCUGCGUGUGCCAGCUGUGACGAGGCACCACUCACCAGUAACUGUAGGGACACAAUGGGGAUCUAAACCUUUUAUUUUAUAUUAGAUGCGUACAACUAGCCAAAGGCUUCAACAACCCACCAGGUGUCCGUGGGUUUAAGCUGCUGGGACACAGUGCCCUCGGGAGCUGCUCCCCAUCCCGCCUUCUCCUGCAGCAGCAGCACUCCCCUGUCCCAUGGCAGGGCCUCUCCCUUGCCCAAAAGCUUUGCAAUCCCAACCUCACCUUACUCUGUUUCAAUAAAAUUAAGAAAACACCUUAAA